GAAACCGCCACCGGGAAGUGCUUCACCUUUACAUUACACCGUGUCUGGCGGGAUCACAUGAGAAGCGGCGCAUCUAAGAGUGGUAACCUGACAACCUCCGGAGUAGGCGGCAGUGCGCACCGAACAAGCACUAUGAGCGACACUUCUCUGUAUCUCUCUCAUCUUCAACCCGUUAUCAGCCACUUUCGAUGUCGUUGUACAAUGAUUUGAAGCCUAUAACCCUCUACGACAUCCCAAGUCAACGAGGCGCAUGGUCGCUCAACACCGUUAAGACUCACUUCUGCUUAGGCUACAAAGGUCUCCCCUUCAACACCGAAUGGGUCGAGUACCCUGACAUUGCACCCAAGAUGCAACAGCUCGGCGCAGACCCGGUAACUACCGACCCCAACAGACAGGUCAAGUACACCCUCCCUGUCAUCUACGACCCCAACCAAUCGCGUUUCGUCACGGACUCGUUCAAAAUCGCCGAAUACCUUGAAGAGACAUACCCAGACCCGGAGCGCCCACUCUUCCCGCAUGGCAGCGUUGUCCUCGCUGCUGGAUUCGAGAACGCCUUCGACUCAUGCAUCGACGGAGCCCAUUAUUGGGUCCUGUGCGACGUGCCGAGUAUGCUCAACCCACGAAGCGCACAGUAUUUUCUCAAGACACGUUCGGAAUGGCUCAAGGUCGAUAAACUUAUCGAUAUCUCCUCUCCAGGGUCGGAGCAGAGAACGAAGCAUGAGAACGUGAUGAGGAAGGGGCUAGGCCUGUUUGAAGGGUGGAUGAAGAAGAGCAAGGGGAAGUGGAUCAUGGGCGACACGUUCUCGUUUGCGGACAUUGCGAUCGCUGCUCAGUUUUUCUGGUAUAUGCGCGUCAUGCCCCCCACCGACUGGGAGAAGAUCAACGGAUGGCGAGGAGAUGGGCUGAAGUGGGAACAAGUGGUGAUCGACGUGGCCAACGAGUGUAAUGUCAAGCUGGACACGACGCCUCCUACUCCUGCUUCUUGAGCUGAUAUACCUCUGCUUCAUUAGUAUGAACGUCAAUAUUACAACUUUGC